CAACUCUGUGUUUAUUGCAUGCCUUAUCGAUAACAAAAUUCCGCACUUUCUGCCCCGCCUGUCGAGCCACCAUCUAAACAGCGCUGAUGACUCCUGCCACAACUCCAGGCCUAAUUUUUCCCCUCUACCCCUCGGAUGAAGAUUGCUUUGGCUGCAUUUAGGUCUCUUCGACCAUAUCGGCCAUUGUCGCAAUUGCAAAGACCAAGACUUGCGACUCCUCUCUCUCUCACUGUCUCCCUCUAUCACUCACAAGCACCAGCCGUCGAGAUGGCUCCCAAGACAAAGUUCGAACUGAAAACGGCCAAGGGCACCAAAGAUUGGAAUGGCAAGGACAUGGUCAUUCGAGACAAGAUCUUCAGCACCAUCACUGAAGUCUUCAAGCGCCACGGCGGAGUUACCAUCGACACACCCGUUUUCGAGCUCAAAGAGAUUCUGUCUGGCAAAUAUGGCGAGGAUAGCAAACUCAUCUACGACCUCGCCGACCAAGGUGGCGAGAUUUGCUCGCUGAGAUACGACCUGACGGUCCCAUUCGCCCGCUUCCUUGCGAUGAACAAGGACAUCCAGAACAUUAAGCGCUACCACAUCGCCAAGGUCUAUCGCCGAGACCAACCUGCCAUGACCAAGGGUAGGAUGCGAGAGUUUUACCAAUGCGACUUCGAUAUUGCUGGUACCUACGAUUCCAUGUUGCCCGACGCCGAAGUCAUUCGCAUCAUCACUGAAGUCUUUGAGGGUCUGGGAUGGAACGGCGCAUACACCAUUAAGCUCAACCACCGCAAGAUCCUCGACGGUAUCUUCCAGGUCUGCGGUGUCCCGGAGGACAAGAUCAGAACAAUCUCUUCUGCAGUUGACAAGCUUGACAAGCUGCCGUGGGCGGAUGUCCGAAAAGAGAUGACCGAGGAGAAAGGUCUGGCAGAAGAUGUUGCUGACCGCAUUGGAGAGUGGGUUGUCCUGAGAGGCCGCCACGAGCUGCUCGAGAAGCUGCGCAAUGAUGAGAAGCUUUCGGCAAACGAGUCCAUGAAGCAAGGUGUUGCGGAUGUUACUCUUCUCUUUGAAUAUCUUGAGGCCUUUGGCGCCCUCGACAAGGUUUCAUUUGACCUUGGCUUGGCUCGCGGCCUGGACUACUAUACCGGCCUUAUCUACGAGGUAGUCACCGAGGGCUCUGCCCCUGAAGCUACCCCCGGCUCAGAGGAUGCCGCAAAGCCAAGCAAGAAGAAAUCCAGGGGCAAAGGAGACGAUGACGACCGGUCUGACGACCCCACUAUCGGCGUUGGAAGCGUCGCUGCUGGUGGUCGAUACGAUAAUCUGGUUGGCAUGUUCUCUGGAAAGACUCAGAUUCCGUGUGUUGGCAUCUCAUUUGGCGUCGACCGCAUCUUCUCUAUCACCAAGGCCCGGAUGGCAGCUGACAAGUCAGCCGACCAGGUGCGCGGUAACGAAGUCGAUGUCUAUGUCAUGGCUUUAGGUGGAAAGGGACUAGUCAAGGAGCGCUUGGAAAUCUGCGCAAAGCUGUGGCAGGCUGGCAUCAAGGCGGAAUUCCUAUACAAGGCGAAGCCCAAGAUGCAGGCUCAGUUCAAGGCUGCGGAAGCCAACGGCGUGCCCUUUGCCAUCUUCAUCGGUGAAGACGAGUUGGCUCAAGGCAAGGUCAAGAUCAAGGAGAUGGGUCUCAAGGACGGACACCCUGAGAAGGAUGGAGUACUGAUAGACACAACGCGCAUGGCGGAUGACCUGAAAUACCGGAUACAGCGCAAGCGGGAACUGGAGAGCAUCACGAUACAAGCCGAAGGCCUCAAGGUUGUGGGCGGCGUCAAGGGUGAGACAGCCAAGCCAGCAGAGGCUCCUAAGGAGGAGGAAGCCCCAAAGACGGAGGAAGCCCCAAAGACGGAGGAAGCUCCAAAGACGGAGGAGGCUCCAAAGACGGAGGAGGCUCCAAAGACAGAAGAAGCCCCAGCAGCGGAUGCUACCACCGCAGCUCCCACCGAAGCUCCGGCAUCAUAGACUAUCUGGACAAAAAUGAAUGAAUGGAAUGACGUGCAAUGGCGCAAUUUGAGUAACAUACCCGGACGGCCUCAGUGAACUAGGAGAUGACCGCGGCGCGAACCCAGCUCUGAAUGGAGUUGGUACAAGCAAGUCGGCUGCAGGGCCAGGCCUAGCCAAGUUGUCAAGUAUUUCAGUGUUAUACUCGUCAUAACACCUUUCACAGCGCACUGUUAGGUCACGGAGUUGAUGUCAUAUGUGAGAUAAAGCUUUAGGCAAUAGAUAGCAGGUGGUAUUACGAAUAUAAAGCACAGUUAUGGAAAACAUUCUCAUAAACUGAGUGCCUGAUUGUUGUUACAAAGAGAAGGGAAGAAG